AACGGGGCCACCGAAGGGGAGCUGGGGAGCAGAGGGCGCCUGGGGGGUGGGGGGAGUGGGCCACUGCCUUGGGGGCCUGGCCGGUCCUGCCGGUCCUUGUGUGAAAGACGCAGUUCACUUGGUUCAAAAAGACUUCGCCUUCUCAGGCCCAUGGGCGCUGCGCUACGUCAGACUGUCCGGGCAAGGCCCUCGGUUCGUCUGCAAAGAGGACCAGCCCCUCCGGCAGAGGCCCCCCCGCCGCCCACCGCAUUGCCACGGCCGCCCAGCCCCCCCCCCCCCGCGUCUCCACAGGGCCCUGAUCCGCAGGCCCCGGGCCCCCCCCCCCCCGCAGGCCCUGCGGGGGGCCGGGACGGGUGGUGGGCCCAGACACUCACGUCUACGGGGUCCCCCCUCUCUCGGCAGCGCUGUAAGGACAAACUGAACGCGUUGGCCAUCUCGGUGAUGAACCAGUGGCCCGGAGUGAAACUGCGGGUGACCGAGGGCUGGGACGAAGACGGCCACCACUCGGAGGAGUCGCUGCACUAUGAGGGCCGCGCAGUGGACAUCACCACGUCAGACCGAGACCGCAGCAAGUAUGGCAUGCUGGCGCGCCUGGCCGUCGAGGCCGGCUUCGACUGGGUUUACUAUGAGUCCAAGGCGCACAUCCACUGCUCCGUGAAAGCAGAGAAUUCGGUGGCGGCCAAAUCCGGCGGCUGCUUCCCGGGCUCGGCCACGGUGCACCUGGAGCAGGGCGGCACCAAGCUGGUGAAAGACCUGCGUCCCGGGGACCGCGUGCUGGCGGCCGACGACCAGGGCCGACUGCUCUACAGCGACUUCCUCACCUUCCUGGACCGCGACGACGGCGCCAAGAAGGUCUUCUACGUGAUCGAGACGCGGGAGCCGCGCGAGCGCCUGCUGCUCACCGCCGCGCACCUGCUCUUCGUGGCGCCGCACAACGACUCGGCGGCCGGGGAGCUGGAGGCGCCGUCGGGCGCCGGGCCGCCGCCGGGGGGCGCGCCGGGGCGCCGGGCGCUCUUCGCCAGCCGCGUGCGCCCGGGCCAGCGCGUGUACGUGGUGGCCGAGCGCGGCGGGGAUCGCCGGCUGCUUCCGGCCGCCGUGCACAGCGUGACGCUGCGCGAGGAGGCCACGGGCGCGUACGCGCCGCUCACGGCGCAGGGCACCAUCCUCAUCAACCGGGUGCUGGCGUCGUGCUACGCGGUCAUCGAGGAGCACGGCUGGGCCCAUCGGGCCUUCGCGCCCUUCCGCCUGGCGCACGCGCUCCUGGCCGUGCUGGCGCCCGCGCGCACGGACCGCGGCGGGGACGGCGACGGCGGGGGCGGCGGCCACCUGCCCCCGCCCGCGCCGGCUGCGCCCGAGGCGCCGGCUGCGGCCGACGCGCCGGGUGCCGCGGGCAUCCACUGGUACUCGCAGCUGCUCUACCAAAUAGGCACCUGGCUGUUGGACAGCGAGGCCCUGCACCCGCUGGGCAUGGCGGUCAAGUCUAGCUGAAGGCCGGGGAGCCGG